UCUCGAGAAUCCGGAUAGCGAGCGGGACGUGUGACAGGCAGAAGGACAAACUGGACAACAUAGGAGAAGAAUAGAGACGAGCAAGAGUGAGCCUUAAAGCUUUCUGUGAGUGUGAGGCGUGAGGUGCGAGAGGGAGCCAUGCAGAUUCCAGUACAAGUGAGCAAAGAUGGGCUGAAGGAAUGGAUGAUACUGGAGCUGCAGGGUGAACUGAAGUGCCUCCCACACAUCACCAUGGGAGGUAGACCGCUGGGGGACCUGCACUUCAACAAGCAGGGUGUUCCUGUGCUGCUCAUUGGCCAUCACAUUCUUCACGGUGCAGUACAGGACCUCCCCAAGCCUGUAGCUGUCAUGAGGAAGGUUGGAGCAGACAGAGAGGGGUCUGAGGCACACUAUUUGAUCAGUGCUGUUGUUCACAAGAAAGUGAUAUUCAAAAAUAGACCCAAACCCAUUGUUAAUGCUGGAGUCCCAAGGUUAGUUUAGUGUGAUCUAAAUUGUUUAUCAAUGUAUUUUUUGCGUUAGUGAAAUGCACAUUAAUGUUAAGAGCCAAUAAAGGGAGUAUACUGUAA